AUGGAGGACGGUGGCGGGGCCACAGCAGAGCCUGAUGCGGAGCCGGAGACAGAGCCAGAGCCGGCGCUGGGGACAGGGCUGGUGCUGGGGGAGGCGGCGGGGGCCUCCCUCGGCUACCUGCGCGUCCUGUGGCAGCGGGAGGAGCCCGCGGGCAAGAUCCCGACUCGCCGCUUGCGCAGGGCCGCCCGCCUCCACCGCCGGAUAGGGCCUACGGGCAAGGAAAUCCACGCUCUGAAAAGGCUGCGUGAAGCUGCCAACAGCAAUGACUUGGACACAGUCCAGCAACUCCUGGAGGAUGGAACCGACCCCUGUGCUGCGGACGACAAGGGCCGGACAGCCCUGCACUUUGCCUCCUGCAAUGGCAAUGAUCACAUAGUGCAACUGCUUCUGGACCAUGGGGCUGACCCAAACCAGAGAGAUGGGCUGGGAAACACCCCCUUACACUUGGCUGCCUGCACGAACCACGUUCCCGUCAUCACCACGCUGCUGCGCGGAGGGGCCAGAGUCGAUGCCUUGGAUCGAGCCGGCAGAACCCCGCUGCACCUCGCAAAGUCGAAGCUGAACAUCCUGCAGGAAGGACUCUCCCAGAGCCUGGAGGCUGUGCGACUCGAAGUGAAACAGAUCAUCCAGAUGUUGCGGGAGUACCUGGACCGUCUGGGGAGGCAUGAGCAGAAGGAACAGCUGGAUGACCUCUGCUCCAGGUUACAGAUGACUAGCACCAAGGAGCAGGUAGAUGAGGUCACAGACCUCUUGGCCAGCUUCACAUCACUCAGCCUGCAGAUGGAGAAUAUGGAGAAGAGGUAAUGGGCUUCCAAAUCAUCUUCCUGAGCCAGCAGGAGUAGCCUUAGAGAGAAAGAGAGGAAGGUGAAGCUUGCUUCCCAGAUGGCUGAAUAAACAUUGUUGCCGUUCCAGCCAGAUCCACUCUCCAGCAGUGCUCAGACUGUUCCUGUUGGUACUGCCACAGGUGCCUCAAGGAGAGGCUUUGGACAACAGAGACAGAGUGCUGCAGCUGAGACUUCUGGAAAAACAUGAGCUGCUCUC